UCUUUACACCAUCUUGUCCACUAACAUCAUUUAAAUGGAUAUUAAUGAGAACAUAUAGACAUCUAUUUACAUUUAUAAAACUCGAUCGGCCAGAUUUUUACUUGAGAGGUGGAUGCUGAGAGUGAUGCAUGUGCUAAGCUCUGAGCCGGUGGAUGUGCUAAGCUGAGAGUCGUUGGAUGUGGUGAAUAUUUGGCCUUGAGAAAAUACAUCUUGUUGUGUACGAGAAGCUGAAAAGGGUUCUUCAAAAAUGAAACCAGGCAAGUGUGGCCCUGGCGAGCACGGAUUCCGUGGAGAAUCCAUACAAUGUAGUCUCAGUCCAAAUGGAUGCCGUAUGGGAGAUAGCAGUCCUGUGGCUUACAUGGCUGUUGGCGGAUGUCCAGAUUCGUACUAUGUAAUGGUCGAUCCAGAAAAGAAAAUUUUCAUUAAGCGGCAUCUUACCGUAUGCUCUGCUUCAUCAUCAAAUGAAAUCGACAAUUGCUUGACUAGUCCAAUCAAUGAAAAUUCAGGUGGCAAGACAAUAACUAGCAGGGCAUAUACUGUAAGGCACGAAGAUAACCUAAGGAAAAGUAUGAAUAUACACCCUAGUAUGGAUCUGCUCCUGAUUGGCAAAACCGGGAAUGGCAAAAGUGCGACUGGAAAUUCCAUUGUAGGAAAACGAAAGUUUGCGAGCGAGUCCAGUACAUCUUCUGUGACGAAAGAGUUCGACGCCGAUAUCACAGAACAGAACGGUCGUCAGAUUAAAGUCGUGGAUGGUCUGGCAUUUUGUGACACAAGGCUGGAUAAUGAACGGUCAGUUGAGCAGUUGAAUGAUGAAGCAAAAUUGGCUCUGGCAGCCAAUCCUGAAGGCUAUCAUGCUUUUCUUCUCAUCCUGAAAUAUGGCAAUAGGUUUACACGUGAAGAACAGGAGUCGGUUGUGUUGUUAAAGAAAAUGUUCGGAGAUGAUUUCGUUCAAAGAUUUUGUAUUUUAAUCUUGACAUGCGGAGAUGUUUUUCAUCAAGAUCAGGAGGAAACAGAUUCAGUAGGAUUGGACUUUUCAGAGUGGUGCCAAAAACAAGAUGGCGCCUUUAAGGAUUUGCUCGAGGAGUGUUGCAAUAGGGUGAUUUUGUUUGAUAAUAAAACCAAAGACAAGAAAAAGAAAAAAGAACAAGCUGACACAUUAGUCCAAAUGGUUGAUGAGUUGAGAUUUGGCGAUCGACGUUAUACGGAAGCUCACUAUGAAAAAGCUCAGAAAAUCAAAGAUAAUGUGGCAGCCAAACCAAAGGUGCUCACGACAAACGGCGAGACCACGGUCAAAGAAGAACGUCCAGUUGUUGACCAGCCGCAACUCUCAGAUGAGACAGUAGACUUAGUCACACUUGACAAGAUGUUGCGCCAAACCAAUACUGUCCAGGUCAUACUGGCCAAGCUGGAAGAAUUAUCAAGAGGUUUUCGAGACCCGACUCAAACCUUGGAAUCUCAACAAAGACCCGCUUUCUGUCGCAGAUGUAUUGAAGAAAUACAACAGGAAGAAGAAAUUAAACAGGUCUUCGAUAAUAUAAAAAAGCUGAAAAAUCAAAAAAAGGAUUAUGAAUCUCAUAUUGAGGACGUAAAACGCGAUGAGCAACAGAGGAGGGAAAUAGAACGCAAUCGUCAGAAGAGGUUUGAAGAUCUGGUGCAACAGAGGCGAAACAUGGAGUACGGACGUCAAAGGACUCCCAGAGCAAUGGAACAGGCAGAACAAGCACAACAAGGAGGGGGAACGUUUGACAUCAAAAAUAUUCUUUCGAAAAGCCUGAAACAGGUACAGGAAGGUUUGAAGCAGGUGGAGAAUGCACAGAUAAACUUAACUCAGCGAAUGUCUUAAGUUCAGGUGACUAAAGUCAGCGACUGUCUUAAGUUUAGUUGAGAAUUCCAGUGGUGCCUCAACCUUGUGUCACUUAUGAGCUCUGUAAAUAAAAGACCGGUGUUGGCACAAUAACUCUGGUGGUGUUUAGGUGGCGGAGAUAUUCUUCUCA